AUGACUCAGCGCACAUUUUCUUCAUCGUCUUCCUCAAUCAACAAAUUCGACGUCUUCAAUUUCGACGACGAAGAAGAAAACAUCGAGAAAGUUUCUGAGAAGAUGAUUGGAAAAUUCAAAAACCCUAACAAUCCUACUUCCCCUCCCAUUUCAAAAUACCAAUUCCUCGAGGCUUUUGCGCAUGGUUCACAAUCUGAACAUCAAUCAAAGCACUUUCCUGUUGAGCCAAUUGAUCUCGAUGAUGACUUAGAAGAUGAUGAAGAAGAAGGCAAAUUCACAACAGAAGAAGUUUUCAACCAGCCGUUAGAGGUCGACAAUGUUGACGAUGUUGAGGAUGAUGAUGUUGAUGAUGUUGACGAUGUUGAGGACGAUGAUGACGAUGAUGUUGACGAUGUUGGGGACGAUGAUGAAGUUGAGGAGGAUGAUACCUGUAUUGAUAAUCAAGCCAAAAAUGCUAAUGCAUGUUCAAUUGAUUCGUCACUGCAAUAUUUUGCAGAUAAAGAUGACAAUGGUUAUGCUGAGUUUGAAGAUAGCUACUUUGACUUGAAAAAUCAGUCACUUCAUGCACUUUCUGAUGAUGAGGACGAAGAUGAUGAUGAUAGUAGUGAAAUGGGCGUCUCUUCAAAUUCUACUUUUGAUCCUUCAAACUUUGAAGAUUGCUUUGAAGACGAGUUAGUGAAGGCUGACUGUUCUGCAUUUAAAAUUGAUGACAUAAAAAAGGUGGUUGAUGUCCUCCCUGAUUUUAUUCAAUAUGAGGAGUUAUAUUCCACCAGUUCUCGGUUAAUAUUCACGUGCAACUCCAUUAAACUUGAAGGCCCAACAAACAAUCAUACUGGGGAACCUUUUAAAAUUGAGUGGGAAACUGAAGAUAUUAUAAAAAUUGAAUCACGUUGGUUUGAAAAGAUUGAAACAGCAUGGGUCUACCUUUUCUUUAGAUCAAAAGAUUUUGAAGAAGUUGAGAUUACAAAUGAAAAACCAGGCUUUAAGCUGUUGAAAUUUGCAGUUUAUGAUUCAUGUUGGUCCAGGGCUGAGGAGGCUAUCAAAUUAUUGGAUAUGAGAUACACAAAUAUCUGGAGUACAGUUUUUGACAUUGAUACAGAUAACUAUGGAAAUAAUUUUGCAUUGGGACAGCGUAGUAUGUUCUCUCAGAGGGAUUAUUUUCCCAUUUUUGAUGAAUCAUUUGAGGAGGUUAUUUAUCCGAAGGGGGAACCUGAUGCUGUUUCCAUUAGUAAGAGAGAUGUUGCACUUUUACAGCCAGAGACAUUCCUCAAUGACACUAUCAUUGACUUUUAUAUCAAGUAUUUGAAAAACAAACUUUCCACUGAUGAGCAGAAGAGGUUUCACUUUUUCAAUAGCUUCUUCUUUCGAAAGUUAGCUGAUUUAGAUAAAGAUCCUUCAAGUGCUUCUGAUGGCAGAGCAGCUUUUCAACGUGUACGUAAAUGGACAAGGAAAGUUAACCUUUUUGAAAAGGAUUAUAUCGUGAUUCCUGUAAACUACAGUCUUCACUGGAGUUUGAUUGUCAUCUGUCAUCCUGGGGAAGUGCCGUGCUUCAGAGAUGAAGAAAUUAAAGAAUCUUCCAAAGUACCUUGCAUCUUGCACAUGGACUCUUUGAGAGGACAUCAUAAAGGUCUUAAGAAUGUUAUCCAAAGCUAUCUUUGUGAAGAAUGGAAAGAGAGACACCCCAAUAUGGUGGAUGAUGUUUCUUCUAAGUUUUUACAGCUGCGGUUCAUCUCACUAGAGCUUCCUCAGCAAGGGGACUUGUAUGAUUGUGGUCUAUUUUUGCUUCACUACGUGGAAUGUUUUCUGGGGGAAGCUCCUAUCAAAUUUAACCCUUUCAAUAUAACGAAGUACUCCAAUUUUUUGACUAGUAACUGGUUCCCUCCGCUUGAGGCUUCUCUGAAAAGAUCUCAUAUACAGAAAUUAAUUUAUGAUAUAUUUAAAAAUAGUUCUUUGCAAGCCCCCCCUGUUGAUUGCCAUGACAAAGGUCCUCUGUCUUCAGUGUCUGACGUUAUUGAGUCCAGAGCAGAAGCAGGUCCAUCUGGAGCAAGCUGUUAUCCUAUUAUGUGGGAUGGGAAUCCUUCUAAUGUCUCUACCGAGACUGAUAUUCAGUUCCCAAUUGUUUCACCCGUAAGAGGUGCAUCAUGGGCGAGGGAACCUGAAAUUAUUUUCAAGGAUUUGCAACUACCAGCUGUAUCUCCACAUUUCGAUUGUGGACAGAUGUCAGUGUCUCAUCAAAGAGGAUUCAUGUCACCAAUAGAGGAAACUGAAGUGUUUGGUGAUGAAAAUGCUAUAUCAAUAGUGAGAACAAAUUCUCAAGUAGGCACUUCGGCAUCGGAUUUUCCAUCCACAUCAUAUAUAGGUAAAGAUCAUAGAGAUCCAGAAACAACACAGCAGGGAUUCUCUAUGAAUUUUGUGGAAUCUGUCGAUGACCUUUCAUAUUCAAAAACUGCUAGUAUACCUUGGGACAGAUUGGAUUCAGGCAUUCUUGAAGACCAGCCUCUGGAGAAAAUUGAGGAGUCUAACAUUCCAAACAAGAUAGCACUUGAGGAGAUUGCAGACUCUGUUGUUCUUGAUUCUCAAGAUUCAAAUGACGGGCAUGAUGUGGGUGUGAAAUCAAAUUCCGCACUCGGAGAAAAUUUAAAUUCUUUCACCCAUCAAAUAUUGGACUUUGCUCAGAAUACUACUAGUGUUGGGGAUGAUAGUCUACUUGGCAAGAGAGAGCCACCACUAACAUUCGAACCUCAGGAAUAUGAUGACAAAAGACGGAAGCUUAUGGAUGAAUCAGAUGGUCCAAGUCGACGAUUCACAAGGAGGAUGUCGAAAGAACCAUGCUUAAUAUAA